AUGAAUGGAAUUAGAAGGGAAUAUGGAUAUCCAGUUCUGAAAGAUGGAAAUAAUAAUGUUGUUGAUUUGACUUUCUUGGAGAAAAGGAAAGGAGAAAACAUUUCAGAUCCAUAUUUGGUUCAAUCAUAUUUAGAUAAGUACUAUGGAUAUGUCCAAGUUUUUACAGAUGCGUCUAAAAACUCAAAUAACAGUAAUGGGGUGUCUUUCAUUAUUCCAGAAUUCAGAGUUAAAAAAUGUAAAAGAAUUACUGAUGGAGUAUCAGUUUAUACCGGAGAGAUGGUGGGAAUUAUUUUAGCUUUAGGAUGGAUUGAGGAAGUCCGUCCAUUAAGAAGCAUA